AUGGCCGCUUCGCUGGUAGUACUCACCAAGGAAGAACAGAGAUUAGUGAUCCGAAUUAUCUGGUCAGAAGGUGUGAAAUUCAUCGUAUGGUUUCAGUACAAAACAGGGACAGCAUUCUACUGCAUAGAAGUGUAUAAGUCGAUCGAGGAGUUUAAGAAUGGCCGGACAAGCACGAAAUACGAAGACGGAACAGGACGCCCAUCAUCCUCUACCAUUUUCAUGCAUAUUCAACAAGCUCAAGAGAUAGUUUUGGCGAACCGACGAGUGAUCCUUAAUGAGGUGACAUGUUCUUUGAAAAUUAGUCAUGGUUUUGCAUACGAAAUCAUCCACGACAAGCUUCGCUUCUGUAGUCGUGCGAGAAUGGUGCCAAGAGAGCUUACCGAAGCGUAUAAGCGCAAUCUUGUGGAGGUCUGCCAACGAUAA